AUGAAAGUGGUGAUCCAGAAGGUUAGAAAUGCAUCGGUUACAGUAGAUAAUAAAGUAAUUUCACAGAUCGGCCAAGGGCUACUGUUAUUAAUUGGCAUCGCUAGAACAGAUACAGUUGACGAUGUUUCAAAGUUAGUAAAUAAAAUUUUGAGAUUACGAAUCUUUGAAGACCGAACGAAGAAUGCAGAAACAGCUACAAAAUGGGUUGGUCGGCCAUGGGCAAAGUCUGUCUCGGAUAUUAAUGCUGAGAUUCUAUGCGUUUCCCAAUUUACUCUAUAUGGAAAUAUACAGAAAGGAACAAAGCCAGACUUCCAUAGAGCAAUGAAAGGAGAUGAGGCAGAACUAUUGUAUUUGCGGCUCUUGGAAGAACUAAGAAGAGGAAUCGGUGAAAGCAGCGUUCAAUCAGGUAAAUUCGGGGCAAUGAUGGAUGUUUCCCUAGUUAAUGAUGGUCCUGUUACGAUCAUUUGGGAUACAAAGGAUAAAGCACAUUCAUAA